AUGCCCCCUGCAAAGUGCGACGUCAUCCCCAAGGAGCAAUUCACGCCUUUUGCAGAAAGGCGGGCCUGCUCCGGCUGUCGCAAGAUUAAGUCCCGAUGCAUCUUUCCUGAUGACUCGAAUAGCUGCACGCGGUGCCUACGCCUAAUCAUCGAUUGCACUGUUCCAUCCCAUCAUCGGGGUGUCAAGCUCGAGGGCCAACGCCCCAAACCUUCCUCUUCGACAGCUCUCAAACAGCAUUCAAAGAGCGCAUCGCGCGAUUCGGCAAGCCCAAGUCCCAAUGAAGAGACCGAUGGAUCCGCUUCGGCCUCUGUCAACCCAUUCUCGGUGCAAAAUCUCCUUGACACCACCUCGUCCGAACACACCGCCUCCAAGGCGCUCCUCUCGUCCACUUUCCACUCGCAUCUCCAAGAAGAACCGGCAGUCAAGGUGUCCACUUCAGCUGUAAGACGCCCGCUCAUCGAGUCGGUCAUCACCGCCGGCCUCUUUGAUGAGGACGAGGUGGCGGAGCUCGUCCACUUCUACUAUGAACGUCUCAACCCUGUCAUUGCGCUGCUCGACUCCCAGAUUUACACGCUCAAGGCGCUCAAGACCAACCACGACUACCGCAUUCUCCUCGCCGCCAUCUGCACUGUCUCGUCCAAAUUUAUCAAGGUCGACCGCUACCUCGACUCGCUCGAAUUCCUCAAGCCGGCCUUGUCACGCAUCGGUGCAGAUGAUCUGCCACCGCAACUCGAGAUCAUCCAAUCGCUUUCCAUCCUCGCAAUGUGGAAACAUCCCAAGGAUGGCAGCAGUUGGCGCAAAGUGAGGCUUGCCAUCACACAGGCCUUUGAGCUGGGUUUGCACGAGCUCUUUGGUCCGCAGAAGCGAUCCAAGGGUGGACCCUCAAGAGCUUUCAUCCAGUCGCAACGCACCAUCAUGCAACUCUCGUGCUUCGAAGACGGCUAUCGCGACCAACGCCAUCUGCCUCCUGCCAUCGAUCCCAGCCUACUACCUGAUCCACGCGAGUGGAUCGACUCGCUCGGUGACAUGGUGCAGGACAUCGACGUGCGUCUCGCCGCCUCGCGCGAGAAUGCCAACAUCAAGCGCGACCUCAUCACCUCGCUCAAGCAGUCCAACGCCCGAAGUCCCAACCCUUCGCAGAUUAGUCGCGCCACAUGUCUACGCAACGCGCGGCUCAUCAAGAUGGGCAUAACGGCGCAGACAUGCUCCAGCUCCGUGUGGAUGAAUCCGCCUGCCAGCGAGAUCCCCUGUCAGCACUCUGGACGGCCCUGCUUGCUGUUCCACGACACCAACACGCUGUUCAAUUACCACCGUGCGCUUUACUCGAUCUACAGCUCGCCGCUGCUGUCGGGACCUGCGUUUGCCCACGACAGGCAGAAGGCUUUCCAGAAAUGCUCCGAGCUCUCGGUGCAGCUCUUCGAGCUUCUCAACGGGCCAUACGGCCAGGCAGGCUAUUAUCGAUACGUACAUGACAUUGUCAUUCUCAAUCUAGCAGUAGCAGCUGUGUGGAUCUGCGACAACUGGCGCGCCAUGCCGCACGAGCUCGCUAUCCAGGCGUGCUUGGCGAUCCGUCAGGCCGCCGAUGCCACCUCGCCGACCUUGGAAAAUCACCUCGAGCAGGGUUCGUAUUUGGCGCGCUUCUUGCGCUUUUGCUGCAAGAAGUUGCCGUCGACCAUCUCGAUCAACGAGAAUUCGCCCGUCAACGCCGAGGAUCUCGUCAUCUCUGAGGAUGCAAAGUGGGCGAUGGGUCUCAAUCCGUUUUCCGGGCUGCCCAACGCCUUUGGUCAUACACCUUCCCUCAUGGGACCCUCAUUCCGCUCGCCGUACGUGCCAGGAGCAUCUCCGAGCAAUGCGAAUGGUGGUGGCAUGCAUGCACCCAAGUACGCUGGUCUGUACAGCAAUGGCAACGGCAACGGAGCACCGCAUGCUUUGUAUCAUAGUCGUCCUAGCACGGGCAGUCAAGCAUCCGGCUCUCCUUCGCUCAUGUCUACCUCGUCACCGCAGGGCGGUGGCGCGCCAGGCCAUUACGGCAACAGUGGUGGCGAUGCUUCACUCGUGUUUAGCAGCGGUCAAGGUCAUGCACCCGACCCUAGCGUUAAUGGCCACGGCGGACGUCCCUUGCACCAUCAACAUCAUCAGUCGGCGAUGGUGAACACAUCGACGAUCCAGCACCUUUCGGAAAGCUUGGUCCCGCCUGCAUACCCGAUGAACUGGGACACCUACGACGACAACUCGAUCAUCACGUUCCUUCAAUCCAUCUCGAGCGCUUCCGGGUGA